CUACACGUGAAAAACGGAAAAACACCAAACUCUCCUUUAUCUCUGAAACUCUCGGAACUGUAUCUUAAUACAGCGGUAAACAUAUCUCUCUCUCUUCAAUCUGAAGAGGAAGAUAGACCAUGGCAGCCAAAUUAAGAAGUUAUGGGAGGGGAUUGGCUCCUUUGUUAUGGAGGAGGGGAUUAUCAAAUGCUUCUAGCUCUACCAUGAUACAACAACAACAACAACAACAGAGUGGGAAAUCCAUGAACCUCUACUCUGCCAUCAAUCAAGCUCUGCAUAUUGUCUUGGAAACGGAUCCUCGUGCUUAUGUAUUUGGAGAAGAUGUGAGCUUCGGUGGAGUUUUUCGUUGUACAACAGGAUUAGUAGAUCGAUUUGGUAAAAAUAGGGUCUUUAAUACGCCUCUUUGUGAGCAGGGAAUUGUUGGAUUUGGAAUUGGUCUGGCUGCAAUGGGCAAUCGAGCUAUAGCAGAAAUUCAGUUUGCUGACUACAUCUACCCUGCUUUUGAUCAGAUUGUUAAUGAGGCAGCGAAGUUCAGAUACCGAAGUGGGAAUCAAUUCAACUGUGGAGGAUUAACUAUUAGGGCUCCUUAUGGAGCUGUGGAACACGGUGGACAUUAUCACUCUCAAUCACCUGAAGCUUUCUUUUGUCAUGUUCCUGGUAUCAAAGUGGUCAUCCCUCGUAGCCCUCGUGAAGCAAAAGGAUUACUAUUGUCAUGUAUACGUGAUCCUAACCCUGUUGUCUUCUUUGAACCAAAGUUGCUAUAUCGCAAGGCAGUGGAAGAGGUUCCAGAGGAUGAUUAUAUGUUGCCUUUAUCUGAGGCGGAGGUGAUUCGAGAAGGUAGUGACAUAACACUUGUCGGUUGGGGAGCGCAGCUGUCUAUCAUGGAGCAGGCCUGUAUUGAUGCUGAAAAGGAUGGAAUUUCUUGUGAGCUCAUAGAUCUGAAAACUCUUAUACCCUGGGACAAGGAAACUGUGGAAACUUCUGUCAGAAAGACUGGACGACUUCUUAUUAGUCAUGAAGCUCCAGUGACUGGAGGUUUUGGUGCUGAAAUCUCUGCCUCUAUCGUGGAACGUUGUUUCUUAAGGCUGAUUAUAAAGCAACUGAUGUUCUGUCUGCAGUUAGAAGCACCGGUAGCCAGAGUCUGCGGUCUUGACACCCCCUUCCCUCUUGUUUUCGAACCCUUUUAUGUACCAAACAAGAACAAGAUAUUGGAUGCCAUCAAGUCAACUGUAAAUUACUAACACAUUCGGUGUUUUGUUGAAUCUUGAUGCUUGGAUGCAUUUAGAUAGGGGUUGGGACAUUCUGGUGGAGCUCAGAAGAGUUGCUAAUCUGUAAAAAAAAUACACGAGAUUGAUGAUAUUACACUAAUAAAUGCCCCAAUCUUUAUAUUCUAA